CGUCGCGACAUCGCUCUUCGCGGGUGUUCAUUCGCGCGUCAGACGUGGUUGAGGUAGGACGCGCGCUGCUCGUGCUCCUUUCUUCGACACGCAUCGCCUCUGUACAAAUUCUUUUUCGUUCUUCCUACUUCACUGUGACAACGUGUACGUUUCACGUGCACGAUUGCCUGCUUCCGCUUCCGGUCUUCAUACCGGUUUCCGAGACGAGACUCGUGUGUGUUCAUCACCAUCUCUGCUUCACAUUCAAGGUAGAGAAACCUCAUCGUUGAACCAAAGAUUCUUGAAGAAGCAAGAAGUUAAAGAAGAAGAUACCUUGAAGAAUCCUUCUUACAAGAAACUUUCAAGCCAUUCUACUUUUCUGGAAGAGCCAAUAGCGAAGAAGAACCAACCCGUUCGAGGUAGAAAUUUGAAAAAAAAAGAAGAAAAAAAAAGAAAAUGACCCAUAUGCUGCUUCAGGAACCCGGAUGGAAGAUCGAACGCAAAGGAUCUGCACUCCUGUUGAGGAGGGACAGUUCUCAUCCAAAAACGACUCGCGUUUGUUUCCGUUGCGACGUGGAAGUUCGCGAAUUCGAGCGUGACGAGGAUUACAUGGUGGAGACGGAACCGGAAGCAGCUGCCAGCCCGCUGGCAAUGUGUGCCAGUUGUCUGGCAGCACUCUGCGUGACCGUGAUUCUACCUUGGUUGUUAAUCGGCGGUUAAAGCGCCACCCUAUGACUCGUCACGAUCUUGGGGGGGAUGUUGGGCGAUUGUUACGGAAAUCUUGCUACCGGAAGUCCGAAGAAUCGUCGGACAGUGUUCCUCGACGGGUGGACUGAGAGAUAAAGCUUUCGGAGGGUCAUUCUGGUCUGUUGACGGAUCAAACUUGACUCUGGGGAAAAAGAGGGAGAUCUAGACUUUAAUAUCUAAGGGUCGAAAUGGAUACACAGAGGUUCCUAAAUCGUAGCUUGGUACAACGAGUAUUAGCGACCUAAACAUCCAUCGAUUGGCAAGAAAGAGGAAGAAUACAUUUCUGGACCGAAGGAGAUGAAGAGAGAAGAGAAUUUUCGAGAGAACGAUUGCCUUCGUCUACGAAAAAAGAAAACGUUACGACCGUGUCUUUAUAUCUAUUCGCUGACCCGUGUAGUUUUCUUUGAAUCGUUUCGUUCGACGUAGAAAAUACAUGUCUCGAGACAAAAAGCUGCCUCUGUUAGACUUGCUCCGCGGGUUCGAGUAGAUUUCGUGAAAGUCGAGAGAAAACGUAACUCGUAUAUGUAUACGUGGCAGACUUUUCUGCCAGAACGAGAGACACAUCAAAGGGAGGAGACACUGGGUCUGUAUUUUGGCGUGCAUUAAACCUUGCUCGUUUCACGACAUCGACAAAUCCUCUGUCAGUUUCACGAAAUGGAGACGAAACUCUGCCAAACGAGGCCACUCGUCUCGCAUCGUUCUUUUGCAAAUAUCGAUACGCUGCAAGUCUGUGCAAUCAGUCGUGCAAUUCCAUUCGAUCAGUGAAAUGUAAUCCACGGUAACGAGAUCGAUCCGGCAGCUUCCCGUUCGCGUUCUUUCCUACAAUUAAGCCAUUUUCGUAACGCGCUGAGAAAAGUUGAUUUUAAAAUGCGAAAUCAGCAGACGCGGGGAAGUUCCACGUCGUGGAAAUCGACGAAUCGACGAACUUUCGAAGAGUUUCGAAGACUGCCGACAACGUUACACUUCGUUGCUACUUUUGUCGAAAGGGAAAUAAAGAACGAGAUUAUUGGAAGAAAUGUUCAGAUUUUAAAGGUAAACAUUUGAUACGAUGAGAAUCUGAUUAUAAUAAAAUUGAAUUUGUCCAGGUAUUUUUUUUUAAAUAUCUGAAUAUACAAUAGAUGAAAUGAAAAAAUUGGCACGCCCAGUCUCAUUACAGUAAUUGUAAUUAAGAAUUAAAAUGUUAUUAUAGUAUAUACUCUACAUAAAAUAGAACGUAUAACAAAUAAAACUACAAUAUGAUAACUGCUUGUAAAGUAAACCAAGGUGUGCCAAUACUACGUAUUCUGAUUUCACUGUAUUUCAAUUAACUAUACAAAUUUCCCAACGAAUUUAGUAUCUCGUGAAAAGGUCUUCGAUAAAUCAUCGGUGUGUACUCGUGCGGGAAUUUUGCCAGGCAGAAAUAGAGAGUGAAAGAGGUCUAAAUAUAAAUUCAAUGAUUGAUCGUAUGUAUGUAAAGACGGGUAUAUUCGAAGCGUAUAAAGGUACAAACGUCUGUGGGAUAACGUGUAAACCUCUAUUGAACGAACCCAAUCGAUCAUUGUAAAAUACUAUUUGUUUAUGUUUCUAAUAAAACCCCAAACAAGCUAUGAAA